AUUUUUGCCCAUUUUGGAAUAACACCUGGUUCACCAGAUAAGGACUCAUGUUCAUCUCGACAAAAAGGAUAACUCGAAAAUGGAUUCAGCGGACAAUUUGAUUUUAACGAAAAGCAUAUCCCUCGAAAGAGUUGAGCAGUGCAAAACUGGGCGGGUGUAUCUCCUCAGGAACAAAUUGCGAGGAGAGGUGUCCUUUUAUUGGAUGCAAGACUAUGACGAUUCGAAGGAUGAAGUCUUCGUGAAGAAAUUCAACUCCAUCAUAGCAAACGAUUUGUCCAAGGAUAUUGGGAGCAAAAGGAGGUAUAACCCAAAUGACUACUCGUCUGGGUUGUCCGACUUGCUAUUUGCUCACAACAGAAAUUUGCAGGGCGUCGACUCGAAGAAGGCGGUCUCCUUUAAGGACUUUUUUGUGAAAGAAAAUUUUUCGAAACUGCUUGAAAUACCGGAGGCCUACGAAGAACUGAAAAUGCACAUGCCUUCUGGGUAUCAGAACAAGUACGACAUCAUGGACUUAAUAAAUAGCAGAGCUUUGAACCCCAAUUUGAAAUCGCUGGACAUGUCCCUGCCGUCCCACCUGAAUUUCAUUUUGAUGUCCCUGAACUUACCCCCACCAGAAGGCAACAUCAGCGACCCAAUGGAGUACUUAGUUGAAGCGUUGGAAAAUAAAUAUAAAAAGGAAGAAAACAACUGA